UGAAUCCCCAUAGAUGGUGCUUAUUUGUUAUUAGUUCUACUACUUCGACAACAGCGAGGUAGAAAGAAAGAAGAAGAAAAGAAACAAAUUAAUUGAAAAAAACAUGGAUGCUGGUGAUGUAAAAGAGACGAGUGAAAGUACUGAAUCCAGUGAUAAUCGCGAUCCCAACAAUGAACAGAAUGAAGGAGCGAUUGGUGGAUUUGCAAACCCACCGGUCAGUUCGUCCACAGGUGCAAGGGAGGAUAACCCAUUCUCCUUUAGGCAUUUUUUGAGACGUACUCAGAAUACUGGCCCAAGCCCCCAACCAGAUCAACACAGAAUGUCAGAAGAAGAGUUUGAAGCCAAUCGAUGUGGAGGGGCAAGACCAAAGACCAAAUCAAGAAAUUCCAGACAUGGAUUGGAAAGUGAUGUAAAAAGUCCCUGUGGACUUCCUGACUUUGUUCAAGAUUAUCUUGGAGUAGAACAUGAUUUGAAUUCAACCAACUACUUGAAUGGAUACCAUGUUCCAGAUCAGAGUUUUGGAAACAAUCCAACUUCAUCUGACAGUCCAUUAGAUCUUCCAAGAAGUCACAGCCCCAUACAUGCAGCUGGAGCUAUGCCAAUACCGUUGGAUAUAGCAAAUUUUGCGUCGUCACACGUAGAAGAUGAUGUUGAACAUUUGGGUACACUGGAUUUAGCAAAUUUGAAUUCUUCUUUGAUUCUCAAUGAUCUACAACCGCACGAAGAACCAGUCCUUCCUGAUGCUGCACAGGCGCAUGAAAUUAACAAUAACGAGAACGUAAACAGCCUAACACAACUACCUGAUUUUCUCUCCGACGGCCCUAUGCAAUCCGGUCGAAUAAACCAAGAAACGAUAGCUUCACACGAAACUUCCCCUGGAAUCCAGCUCUCUCCUCACAGUUCUGUAAUGGAGGAAAACGCACGAUUGCGACAGCAACUAGAGAUGAGUACAGCUAAUGAACGGAUGGCUUUAGCUCGAAUUGAGCGGCUUGAAAGUCUUUUAGAGGAACAUCGCAGAAGGGAGUCGGAAGAGACUUCAUCUUUGGAGCGAUCCAUGGAACAGAUAGAAUCAAAUUUGAAAAUCGCCACGCAACGUGCCGCGCAAUCAGAAAGUCAAGUCGCUCAGCUGAAAAAAGAUAAUCGACGACUUCAGGAUGAAGUGAAGAGCUUACAAGAAGCCAUUCGCCUACAGUACAAUGAGGAAACUAGUCCGAGUCAAUCGCGAAGCCUGAAUCACACAGCACAAGAGCUGCAUACAGCUGCCAAUAGUGCUGAAAGAUCAAUCAGAGAUCUUUUGGCUGGUGUAGAUCAUCUACGCGUUGUAGCAGCGGCGUUACAGAGUAUGGAGCGUAUUGAAGAAGUACGAACAAAAAGUGACCGAGACAAGUAGUAGACGAUCACUGUAAAGCCAUUAUUAUACGAAAUUGAUCUCGCAUAAUCGGUUGUCUCCUACAUUUGGUAUUAUUUUGGCUCCUCUUUUAUACCAAGGAUAUUCCGCCCGCAGGAUUGAACGAGCAAUUGUUUGUUUCGUAUCUGCCUAUCGCCUAAUAUGAUUUGUGUUAUUUUCUACUUUAUUAAUGUCCCUACUACAUGACAGAUAAAUUUUGGCACACGCACACGCGCGAAAAUAUAUAUAUCUUCCAUUCCA